CUCAUCGACAUUCAGGCUCUGGAACGGAUCGUGAGGAACAGAUAAUCAAUGAAGUGCAAACAUCGAUCACUCCUGUGUUCAGCAAAGGAAGUGUUCACCGUUAGUCUCAGUAAGAACCUGCGUUGUAUGUAAGAUUAACGAUUCAAGAGACUUAACUGUAUUUUACUGUAUUUUACUGUAACAUGGCGUAAGAUAAAUUUGGAUUUCAGUUAGAACUUUACCGGUGGAAUUAAUCCUUGAUCACACAAAUCUCCAUGUUUACGCAGUUUCUUAUGUAUUUUGUCUCAUUCCAUGCUCUGCAAUCUCAGUCAUUAGGAAGCAGAGCUGGUAGUGCCCCCAGGCAUAAAAAUAGACUCCUACUAAAGCCUCACUCACUGAUGACUAAUCUAUAUUUCUAUACUGCACUGUCCAAAUUCUCCCUGUGCCCUCCCCUUCAUCUGCUGUGGAUUAUCAUGGUUGAUUGGUGUUUUGAAAAGCACAGAGCAUGUGAAGUAGAUGCCGUUGCAUGUUCUGGAGUUCAAAACACUCAUGUACGGAUCAGGAGUGGAAGGUACCAGCUGUCGUAGCUGCUGCAGCUGUGCCAGGCCCAGGUGUGCUUGUGCGUAGCGAUGUACAGUCAGCAACAUGUCGGUUUUUCCACUGCAAUUAGUAAUGCAGGUCUGAGCAGCAGAACCAAUCCACCCAGCAGCGUUUGAAAGUGGGCUGGAGUCAGACAGAUAAGGGUGCUGUAUCAGCAUCACUGUUCCCAAGCUGUACUGAACCAUUAACAGAAGAAAAAAAAAAUUCAGUGGAAAAACACUGUGACAACGCCGGUACAGUGCAGCACUCUGAAAGCAGGUGGCAUUCACUAAAUUAUUUUCUCAAUAUUGUUGGUUUCUUGUGCUCCAGCAAACCUACCCUAUCACUGUCAGUCAGAAUGAAGAAUUAAUCAGCUAUAGAAGAUUUGACUGACUGAUCCUGAAUGUGUUAACGUUACAUUUGGUUUACACGGACAAAUCUGGCUCAAUAUGUAGAGCUGAGUCCAAAAAUCUAUUUUUAUCUUUUUCUUCUCCCUCUAUUACCCGUCACCAGUUUGCUAGGUUUCCCCAGCUUUUGCUGAUGUUGCAGAGAUGCUGUGGGGAGGAUUGAGAGAGUCAGACCCACUUUUUUUUGUGCUGGCCAGUUUUAGAAGACCCCCACCUCCUCCUCCUGUAUUGAUCAGGUCUGCUGCAGUGUGUAAAUCAGAAAAGGGCUGCCAUUGAGAAACUUGAACAGGGCAUCACAGUCUUUAUUUAUGCAGUCCCAUCAUCUGUGUGAUAGUAUCAAGUAUUGCAAAGAGUAAACUGGUUAGGUAAUUCAAACAGCAAAGAUUAUUGGGGGAGAACAAGCCACAGUGUGACCCCUGUAAGAUACCUUAUCUAUCAGGAUUCAGUUGUUUUCUCAAUCAUUCCCUGAAAUCCAAAUGUUUGUUUACCUUCAUCCCUCUUCAACAAAAUAGACUGCCUUUAAAAAUAUUCCCUGAAUCUGCACCCCACACACUCAAUCAUAAGUCUAAGUACCCCAGGGAUGUUGCUGGAUGACAAAUGGCCCUUCGCUCCUGGCUCUCAGCAGCUGCCAGGUAGGCUUCAGUGAUGAUGGAGUGCCAGAGUGGAACAAACAGGGCCAUAGAUUAACAAACUGUUACCAAAAGGGGCCGUAGUUUACCAAACAGGUUGUGGAUUAACAGACGGCUACCAGUAGGUACAUUGCACCUGGCUGCUAUACAGGCACCAAACUGUUGGCCUUUGCUCCAGAGUUCUAUAAUAUUGACCUGUGUGUCUGUAUUUAUCAUACAGCAAAGUCUCAGAGUAACCUUCAAGCUCCCCAGAGAUCACUAAACACGUGUCAGAGCAGGAAUAGCCAAUCAGAUGCUAGGAUUUAACCUGUGUUAACCCUAAUAUCUCCAGUAGCAACUAACAUGUCAAAUUAACUAUUAAUUAUCAAUCUAUUUAUAAUAUAAAAAUGAAUAAAUUAAUGAAAUAAUAGAAAAAUGGCUGAAUUAGAAAUCUAUCCUAUCCUAUAUCAUAUGUUACAUCUCUUAUGCCAAAAUUUUAAGGUAUUCUUCCCAUGCUGAUGUUGGCAAAUUUGAUUAUGUGCACUGAUUUGGGAAAGAAGAAAGGGUUUUGCAUUGUCUUUUCUAUACUACAUACUAUGAUUUUUUUAAAUAGUAUUUUAAAAGCAUAUAUGUGGAAUCUGCCAUAUAUGGUUUUGUGGUGUUUUGUAGCUCUCCUCAAUGUGUUUUGAUAGCUUGUAUACUAAGUUUUCGAGAAGGACUAAAGGUGAAGGAUUUUUCUUUUUUCUUUCUGUUAUUUCAUUUCAAAAUUCCUCUUCUAGGAUUUGGAUACACAAUCUCUCUUACCUUAUGUUGAUACCGGUGUCUCUGGCCAUAUACUGCAUACAUAGUGUAUUGCCUGCAUUUGCACCCACUCAGAUAGCCAUUGUAUUCAGUGAAGAAGCUCUAGCAGCUGAGCAGCCCUGCAUAGCCCGCCACUGAGGCGCUGUCCAUGGUGCUGCAGUUCUGCACCUCAGAGAGCGUCUGUAUGGAGGAGGGGUACUGUAUAGCUUACUGUAUGUAAAAAAAAAAAAAUUAAAAAAAAAUCCACCUAUAGGUAACGAUAUAUCCCUUUACUGUCGUCUCAGACAAGCGGCUUGGUUUCAUAGAGAGACUUUUAUAUGAUGGCUUUGAUUCAAACAUAUUGUUAAAACUGCCAGAAAUAAGCGAGUUAUGAGUAAAAAUGCAAAAUAAACACAAACAUGUUUAUAUGAUUGACGUCGUUUACAUUGUAUUUAUGAAAUAUCCGCCUUCCCCUAUGAAUGCACAUUGACAAAACGCAAUACAUCUGCUGAUAUAAUUAAACCAUAUUCCUGUAAUUGCCCCCUAUAUUCAAUAACAGCCCUAUCUGCAUGAAGAAGCACCCCAAAGCGACAUUAACUGCGUGUGAAACGUUCAGGGUUGCCAGAUCUGCGGGGCUAGCCUAAUAAAAGCCUUUUAUGUUUUUUCCUUUCGGUGGAAUGGUGCGUGGUUGUUUAACCAACAGUUACCGACUGGAGCUCUGACUUAAUAAAUAAUUAAAGUGGACGGAGGGGAGCUGCAGCUGAUUUGCUGAUGUCAGGGAGCCAGUGCAGCAUUUCAUGGUGCAGGGUGUAAACGCGCGGUGCCAUCUGCCUCGAUCGGUGCUCUCAGCGAACCUCACACAUGCGAGCCCGGCAAGAAAGAUGCUGCCAACUCUCAAGAUUUGGGCAUUGUUUUCUGUGUCACUCGGUUUCCUGUCUCAACCGGGUCAUUUGAAGAAGGCUUUCCGAUGUCCUUCAACAUGCAGCUGCUCCAGGGAGUCUAUCAUUUGCGUCGGGUCCUCCUAUGUCCCAAGGAUUACCCCCAACGACAUCAAUUCUUUGAGUAUCGUCAAUGGGACUUUCUCAGAGGUCAAAGAGGCGAUGUUUGCUCACAUGCCAUCUCUCCAGCUACUGCUUUUGAAUUCCAAUUCUCUCACAACUGUAAGGGAUGAUGCAUUCUCAGGUCUUCCACAUCUGGAGUAUUUGUUCAUCGAGAGUAAUAAGAUAGAGACUGCAUCCAAAUAUGCUUUCAGAGGACUCAGGGACUUGACUCACUUGUCUUUGGCAAAUAACAACAUUAAAGCCUUGCCCAGGGACCUCUUCAUUGACUUGGACUCACUGAUAGAGCUGGACCUGCGAGGCAAUGCCUUUGAAUGUGACUGCCGUGCCAAGUGGCUGAUGACGUGGCUGAAGAACACCAAUGCCACGGUGUCGGAUGUCGUGUGUGCCGGACCGGAGGACAUGAAAGACAAGCGCCUCAAUGAUAUGACCAGCCUGCACAACGAAUGCGUCUCAACGGAUUUCGUGCUGCAUCAGUCCGUGGCAUCUGAGUCUCUGUCUGUUGACACAUUCAGCUAUAAGAAUGAUGUCUAUGUGACUAUUGCUGCUCCCAGCACAGACAGCUGUAUGGUUUUACAGUGGGACCACAUAGAAAUGAACUUCAGGACUUAUGAUAACAUCACAGGUCAGUCCAUUGUGGGGUGCAAGUCAGUUGUCAUCCAGGACCAGGUGUUUGUCAUCGUGGCUCAGCUCUUUGGUGGUUCCCACAUCUACAAGUUUGACGAAGACCAAAGCAGGUUCAGCAAGUUCCAGGACAUUGAGGUGUCCAAGAUCUCCAAGCCGAAUGACAUUGAGGCAUUCCAGAUUGGUUCUGACUGGUUCUUUGUGAUAGCUGAUAGCUCAAAAGCGGGCCUGUCCACUCUCUACAAGUGGAACGAUAAGGGCUUUUAUUCAUACCAGUCGCUGCAUGAGUGGUACCGCGACACAGAUGCAGAGUUCUUGGACUUGGAUGGGAAGGCCCACCUUAUCUUAGCGAGCCGCUCGCAGGUGCCUGUGAUCUACCAGUGGAGCCGGAGCAACCAGAAGUUUGUCUUGCAGGGCGAGAUCCCCAACAUGGAGGAUGUUGUAGCUGUAAAGCACUUUCGGAUCAAGGAGGAACUUUACUUGGCUAUGACACGCUAUAUUGGUGACUCAAAAGUUCUACGUUGGGGUGCCAAACAAUUUGCAGAGGUCCAGGCCUUGCCCUCACGAGGGUCUAUGAUUCUUCAGCCGUUCUUCUUCAAAGAACGUUACUACCUGGCCCUGGGAAGCGACUAUACCUUCUCUCAGAUCUAUCUGUGGGAUGAUGACAAGAAACUCUUUGACCGCUUCAAGGAGGUGUACAUCCAGGCCCCGCGUUCCUUCACUGUGGUUUCCACUGACCGCAGGGACUUCAUCUUCACCUCCAGCUUCAAGGGAAACACACAGAUCUUUGAGCACAUCAUCAUUGACUUGAGCUUGUGAGGGGCUGUGCCUUAUUGCCCGUCCUGCAAUCGAACGUCUUCCACUAAAAAGAUACAUUUUUGAAGGGAAAAGGAUCAGAACAGACUUAAUGAACUGUUAAAUAUAAAUUCCUACAUAGCUUUCUGUCAGAAAUAGGCGCUGGGUCAAGUAGUGUUUGGAAUCCUUUUCCGUUUCUUAAGGUGUCUUGACCAUUACUCAAUGGCCUUGUCCUAUUAUCUGUUCUCAUGUCCUCUCAGACUUUCAGAGAUACUACCAUUUCACAAAGAGUGAGAGGGAUAGUCAAGAGGGUGGACAGUUGUACAAGGCAGCUGGUAAAUUCCCAAAAAAUCCAGCUGACAUUUCAGAGGGUGGAAAGAUUUGAAUUAUAAUAUGAUCUAUUUGGAUGUAUAGAUUUUGGUUAAUAUCCCCUGUGCUAAUGGUUUUAUACCCCCCAAAAAAUAUAACAGGACUUUAGAAAAAGAUAAUUUUACUA